UUGUUAGGUGUGAUACAGUGCAGUUGAAUGUAGGAUUUGGAACAGUAGUUGAUAUCUUAGCAGUUUAAGAAGUAGCCACUAGAGUGUAUUCUCUGUCAGUGUUCACCACUGCUAUUUCCGUCUCAAAUUUUUUCAGGGAUGUACUUUUAGUUUUAAUUUGAACAGAUGGUAAAUUUCCAGUAUCAAAGUAAAGGCUUAGUGAGUGCUAGCAUAGUAUCUGAUUAACAUUCAUUGCUUUGGGCAGAAAUAAGGUGGAAACUAAUGAAGUGUAGUUAACCAGUUGGUAUCUUGGUGAGCUGGCAGAAGGACAUGCUUAGCAUUUUAAAGAAGCCACUUAAUGUUAAAGGUAUUUGAAAUGAUGCUAAAUUCUCGUGGUGUUACCUUUUAAAAGAUGCUAUUUCUCCCAUUACUCCCCCCCAGGCCUGCUCACCUGUUGGGUUUUUGGAGACAGUUCAUUGUUUGCACUGGCAAUGCUUUAUAGAAGUUCUGUGGAAUAAGUCUUGGUUGAGUAACAUUGGUGGUGCCGAGGACUACGUUUGUGGCUCCUGUCCUUGCAUCCAGUGAUGAAGUUGCCUUCUGUUAGCUGCUGCCUGAGAGUGGGAAAAUCCUGUUUUAUUGAAAUAUCCUACUUAACUUAGGAUGUGUUUAAUCAUAGGAAAGUUUUUUGGUGCAAAACUGAUUUUUCCUGUGCUCUUGAACUACAUAUGAAGAAGUUGUUGUGUUCUCAGUUCAGUACUUGGCAACACAACCCUUAUUACUCUGUGUAGCAUUUCUUAGGGUCACAAAACACUGCAGAAGCUUCAGCUUGAUGCUCAAUGGACUUGAAAAUUCUCAUGUUAACUGUUUAUUGCUGCAAAAACGUGUGAAGUUCUUGAUGGAAGCUCUGGGUAUCUGCUUUUAACACAUUCAGCUGUCAAGUAAAACAUCGUACCUGAUACAGCUUUCAGCUGAAUGCAUGAAGUCCUUUUAGUUUUGUUUCUGUGCUGGUUCAGAUGGCCACAUCUGCUUGUAGGUACCACAAGUAUGAGCUGCCAAGCUGGAGGUAACUCUUGGUUAAAGAUUCACCUGUGUAUGAUAUGUAAAAGUCCAGAAAUUAAAUGAGCAGAUCACCUAAACAGUCUUUAUGAAAUACACUUCUUUAAAAGAUUCAAGGCAGGAGACAGUCCCCAAAAUUAUCCUUGCAGGGGCAUAUCUGUCUAGAAUUUGUGUUCAUUUUAUAGACUGAGAGCAAGAGAUGUCUGCAUUCAGGAAAGGUGUUUGACUGCUACAUCUACUGGAAACUGUGGAGAAACUUGUUACAUCCACAAGUUUUGUUCUCCUGGAGAUCUCAGCUGAGCGUUUGGCCUCUGGAGGCACCCACAGCCUUGUUCCUGUUAAACAGAACACAACGUGCUGUUUUCACCUGUUGUGGACAAAAGAUAUGAGGGUUUGGGGAAGGAGCACUUGUAAGCUUUAUUUUCUCUCAGUUAAGAAUUUCAGUUACCUGUGGCUCAGAAGAGUGGAGAACUUCAUCAGUUUAUCAAGGGCUUUCUUUUGUUACAGGUUUUAAGUCAGGUACUAACUAUAUGGACUGCUCUUCCAUGAUUCAUUUGGAGAAGAAUCUGUUACAGUAUUAACUGCAGGAAGAAGUCAGAUUUUUUUUUUUUUGGUCACAAAUGCUACAUAGUACCUUUGAUUGUUAUAAUUUGUAUCAAGUUGGUGUGAACUAUCUGAGGAAAUGCUUAGAUAAAUCAGAAGUUUGCCGGUCUGUCUUGCUGGGAGCUUUCAGAGACAAUGGGAAGCUGACUAAAUGUUAUGGGAGAAGUACCUGCAAUCAUUUUGCCAUCUUGAAUACAAUUUUUCUUCCGUGUCUGGGAGUUUUUAGUGCUGUCCCACAGUAUGUAAAGCACGGUUAAGAUUUGGCAGUCUUUUCCAUCUGUUGUUGAACCAACAUUGUGAUUUUGCUGCUGGUAUCAGAGCUGAAGUUGAGUAGUAGAACCCACCUGACCUUUGGAGCUGAUGAUUAAUUAGCAGAUAGUGAACUGUGGUGAGAAGCACAGCUGGAAGGUGCCUCCUUCUGAUUAGUGGACAGAUUCUAAUUCUCUACCUCUGUUAAUCAGACUGAAGUUUGAAAAAACAUGAAAAUAACUGAGAAUUGGUGAGGUUUGGGGGAGAGGGUGGAAAAGUAGGCUAUGGGAAGAACAAACUUGGUUUGGUAACUUCCAUUUGGAACUGUGACAGGCUGUUCUUAGAUGAUUGUCAGUGUUAACGCCUGUAGAAGAUGAUCUCUGGGGUUCCUGGAAUUCCUCACUUGCACAUUUUAUGGUGUUUAUUUUUCCUUAUUCCAAAGGACCUGGGCUCCUGUUGAAAAGUGAUGGAAUAAUCUCCGGCCGGCACCUGACAUGCUGGGGGAGCAUCCCUAAAAGAGCUUGCCUGGGAGACAGUUUGGGAAAUAACGCAGUAACAUGUUUGCAGUAACCAGCAUGUUUUGGAAAUUUGAUCUCCAUUCGUCAUCCCACAUAGAUACACUUCUAGAAAGAGAAGAUGUAACACUGAAGGAGUUGAUGGAUGAGGAGGACGUCCUGCAGGAGUGCAAGGCUCAGAAUCGCAAACUUAUCGAGUUUCUGUUGAAGUCAGAAUGCUUGGAAGACUUGGUUUCAUUCAUUAUCGAAGAACCACCUCAAGACAUGGAUGAAAAAAUACGAUACAAAUAUCCAAACAUAUCUUGUGAGCUGCUCACUUCAGAUGUCUCACAGAUCAAUGAUAGGCUGGGAGAAGAAGAAUCUUUACUUAUGAAACUGUACAGCUUCCUCUUAAAUGAAUCUCCUCUAAACCCUUUACUUGCCAGUUUCUUCAGCAAGGUGCUAAGUAUUCUCAUAAGCAGAAAACCAGAACAGAUUGUGGAUUUUUUAAAGAAGAAACAUGAUUUUGUAGACCUCGUUAUUAAGCACAUAGGGACCUCUGCUAUCAUGGACUUGCUGCUCAGGCUACUGACUUGCAUAGAACCUCCACAGCCCAGGCAAGAAGUGUUGAAUUGGCUAAAUGAAGAGAGGAUUAUCCAACGGCUUGUAGAAAUUGUACAUCCAUCUCAAGAUGAAGAUAGACAUUCAAAUGCAUCACAGUCACUCUGUGAAAUUAUUCGUUUAAGCAGAGAUCAGAUGUUACAAGUACAAAACAGCUCAGAACCAGAUCCCCUGCUUGCAAGUCUAGAGAAACGAGAAAUCAUUGAGCAGCUGCUGUCUAAUAUUUUUCAUAAAGAAAAAAAUGAAUCUGCAAUAGUCAGUGCAAUCCAAAUAUUACUGACCUUGCUUGAGACAAGACGACAGACAUUUGAAGGCCAUAUAGAGAUCUGUCCUCCAGGCAUAAGCAAUUCAACGUAUUCUGUCAAUAAAAGUGUUCUAGAAGCCAUAAAAGCACGACUUUCAUCCUUCCAUGAACUCCUACUUGAGCCUCCAAAAAAAAGUGUCAUGAAGACAACGUGGGGUGUAUUGGAUCCACCUGUGGGGAACACACGUUUAAAUGUGAUUAGAUUAAUAUCUAGCCUCCUACAGACAAAUACAAGCAGUGUGAAUCAGGAGCUUAUAGAACUAAACAGCAUAGGAGUUAUACUGGACAUGUUCUUUAAGUAUACGUGGAAUAACUUUUUGCAUACUCAAGUAGAAAUCUGUAUUGCAUUGAUUCUUGCAAGUCCUCUUGAAAGCACAGAAAAUGGCACAAUUACAGAUCAGGAUUCCACUGGGGACAAUCUUUUAUUGAAACAUCUCUUCCUUAAGUGCCAAUUAAUAGAACGAAUACUUGAAGCAUGGGAGAUGAAUGAGAAGAAGCAGGCUGAAGGAGGAAGACGGCAUGGCUAUAUGGGUCACCUGACAAGGAUAGCAAACUGUAUUGUGCAUAGUACAGAUAAGGGCCCUAACAGCACGCUAGUCCAACAGCUCAUUAAAGAGCUUCCAGAGGAGGUCAGAGAGCGGUGGGAAACAUUCUGUACAAGCUCUUUAGGGGAAACUAACAAAAGGAAUACAGUGGAUCUAGUUACUACCUGCCACAUUCAUUCUUCCAGUGAUGAUGAGAUUGACUUCAAAGAAACUGGCUUCUCACAGGAUUCUUCUUUGCAGCAAGCCUUUUCUGAUUAUCAGAUGCAACAAAUGACGUCCAAUUUUAUUGACCAGUUUGGCUUCAACGAUGAGAAGUUUGCUGAUCAAGAUGACAUCGGCAAUGUUUCUUUUGAUCGGGUCUCAGACAUCAACUUUACCCUCAAUACAAAUGAAAGUGGCAAUAUAGCAUUGUUUGAGGCAUGCUGUAAGGAGCGGAUACAGCAGUUUGAUGAUGGUGGUUCUGAUGAAGAAGACAUCUGGGAAGAAAAACAUAUUGCAUUCACACCAGAGUCCCAGAGACGUUCCAGUUCGGGCAGUACGGACAGCGAAGAAAGUACUGACUCUGAAGAAGAGGAUGGAACAAAACAAGACUUGUUUGAAUCGCAUGCCAAUACAGAGGACAAAAUGGAAGUAGACUUGAACGAACCACCAAAUUGGUCAGCUAACUUUGAUGUACCCAUGGAGACUGCACAUGGUACCAAUCUGGAUUCUGUUGGGUCUGAUGUGUGGAGUACAGAAGAACCUAUGCCAGCCAAAGAAACUGGCUGGGCUUCUUUUUCAGAGUUCACAUCCUCUUUGAGCUCGACAGAUUCCUUAAGAAGUAAUUCUCCCGUGGAAAUGGAAACAAACACAGAGCCAAUGGAUCCCUUGAGUGCAAAUGCAACUGCUCUUCCAACACAGCUGGAAACUCCAGGAAGUGUUGCUAUGGAGGCCAGCUCAGAUGGAGAAGAGGAUGCAGAAAAUGCAGACAAGGUAACAGAAACAGUAAUGAAUGGCAGCAUGAAGGAGACACUGAGCCUUACUGUAGAUGCUAAAACUGAAACGGCUGUUUUCAAAAGUGAGGAAGGAAAAUUGUCUACCUCGCAGGAUGCUUCUUGUAAAUAUGUGGUAGAGGAGAACACAGAGGUUGCGGAAGAGGCUCCUUCAACUUUGCAGCCCACUAACAGCAGUCCAGAACAGAGAGUAAGCUGUGGAGAAGCCUCAGAAGCGUGCUAUUUAUCAGCGGUUCUCUAGGGGAGAGAUCAGCAGCUCCAGAGACCAUUCAGUAACUCAAUAAAGAUCAAACACAUUUUGCUCGUAUGCUGAGUUACUUUGGCUAUGCCAAAUGAGAUAGAAAGAACUCCAGAAAAGGAUGAGCCUGUAAUUAGCUCGUUCCCUCUUUUUAGCUCUGUGGAAUUCUGUUCUGAAAAGUUUAAUUAUACUUGUAGGAAAACCUGCAGUUUUUGGCUUCCCUGUGGGGCAAAUGUUAGGACCUUGUAAUCCGAACUGUAGAAAUCAGCAGAUUGGAAGAAAUGUCACAGCCUUUGCUAAUGACAACCUUGUCUGAACAGAACUUUCCAAGCUGGAAGGGACUCACAAAAAUCACAGAGUCCAACUCCUGACUCCAUACCAAGACAAAGCUGUAUU